AUUGUCACUUUUCUUAUACUAGGUGUGGUUGCAAAGGGACGAGGAAAAGGUCUUAGAUCUAUGUCUAAUGCUCGAGGAGUGCGAACAAUGAACAAAAACUACUUGAGUGUUGAUAAAGGACAUAUUCCAUCUUUUUCAUCUACUGAAGAACUUAUGCAAUACAUCAAAACAAAUUCAUCAAGUGCUCAAGGGAAGUCUCAAGGGCUUAAAUCUAUGUGCUCAAUUGAAGAUUCUGAAAAUGAGGAGCGAUCUUUCAAUCAAAAUGCUCGUUAUGUGAGUCAAAGUAUGUCAAGACCUUCUGCAUCUCAAGGAUGGCGAACAAUGAAUAAAAAGUUUUUGGCUUCUGAGAAAGAGCAUAAGCAAGUUGAUGUUCCAAUUUCUCUUUCUACUGAUGAUGUUAUGGAGUCCACCUCAACAUUUGAAACAAGUAUGAUUUCUUAA